CCCCCUGCACCAUCCUUUCUUCACACCACCGGUCUUUUUUUCUGCAAACACCCGACCUCCUUUUCCUACAUACAGGACUAUACAAAUCCAUUAAUUUGCACUCAAGAUUAAUAUACCCUAGCCUUCACCUCAUAUUGUUUUUAACUGGAUUAAAAUUUCUCGAUUAAAAUUGAACUGAACUGCACCUCCAUUUUGGGGGCAUCUUCGUUUCAUAACCAAUUACUCUACUAAACCGAGAUACACUACGCGACAGCGUUCCUGUUCAUGAUGGAAACUACUUUUACUACACACCAAUUUGUGAUCAUCCUCCAUUAUUAUUUAGUAUUUAAAGUAACAGCUUACGACAACCUGGUUACAAACAACGCCAUUUGCAACUUCCCAUCAUGCAACACGAUCGAAUUAAAAAGUGGGAUUUCAAUUCGCUUGCAACCAAAAAUCGUAACUGGGAUGACGAAUGAAGAAGCCAGGUGGCCAGAGGUGAAAAGAGCCAACAAUUACGUAUGCAAACUUCCAGCAUGUCUUUCUGCCCCUUGUCUAAAUGGAGCAUCAUGUGUGGAGACAUUCCAAGGCUUUAUCUGCAAAUGUUCUCCGGGUAUUUACAGCGAACAUUGUGCAUGUCUUUCUAAUCCAUGUCUAAAUGGUGGAACAUGUACGGAGACUCUCCAAGCAUACACCUGCGAAUGUACCGCUGCUUACGAAGGUCAACACUGUGAGACGCCCGCUGCACCGCCUGUAGUAUCGCCCCCAGGGGUGAUGCCUACUCCAUGCCCAUGGAGUCAAAGCUGUCCAGAUUCUUGGAGUACUUUUCAAGGCAAUUGUUAUCAGUACAUCCGCACCUCGGUACACUUCAGUCCUGCGUUGUCGAGUUGCAGAGCUAGCGUCCAAUCGAACUGCGAAGCUGACCUCGUUUCCAUUCACAGUCUUAUCGAGUUGGAAUUCUUGAAGCAGAUCUGCGAAACAACGCUGCACUCGAAUUGCGACUCGCAGUGGAUUGGACUCAGUCGGAGUUCCUACUCCAACCCAUUUGCGUGGACGGACGAAACGCCUCUCAACUACACGGAAUGGCAGAACGGAGAGCCUACCAGCAUCGGUCCUGGUGGCUACUUCUCAUUGUUUUGCGUCCAGAUGAAUAUGACCUCUUUGGAAUGGGUAACGACAUCAUGUUCUGAAGAAGUUAGUUCAUAUACUUGCAAGUUUUCAAUGAAACAGAUCAGUUAGUGUGUUGUCGGGCCUCCCACAGAUUAAACCAUCUAUUGAGAGUUUUGAGGGAAGGAAAUGGUUAUCAUUCGAGGAAGAAGUUCAAACUCC